CUCCUGCACGCGCCAUGACCCAGUCCAUGCCCCGGUUCUCUGUGCCUACCGCGCUGGCCCUGGGCUCGGCCGCCCUGGGCGCAGCCUUCGCCACUGGUCUCUUCCUGGGGAGACGGUGCCCCCCAUGGCGGUCUCGGCCAGAGAAGCGCCUGCUGCCUCCGGAGGACAGCCCCUUGUGGCAGUACCUGCUGAGCCGCUCCAUGCGGGAACACCCAGUGCUGCGGAGCCUGCGGCUGCUGACCCUGGAGCAUCCGCAGGGGGAUUCCAUGAUGACGUGUGAGCAGGCCCAGCUUCUGGCCAACCUGGCUCGGCUCAUCAAGGCCAAGAAGGCACUGGACCUUGGCACGUUCACGGGCUACUCAGCCCUGGCAUUGGCACUGGCGCUGCCCCCGACUGGAUGUGUGGUGACCUGCGAGGUGGACGCGGGACCCCCAGAGCUGGGGCGGCCCCUGUGGAAACAGGCUGAAGAGGAGCACAAGAUAGACCUUCGGUUGAAGCCGGCCCUGGAGACCCUGGAUGAACUCCUGGCUGCGGGCGAGGCUGGCACCUUCGACGUGGCGGUAGUGGACGCAGACAAGGAGAACUGCACUGCCUACUACGAGCGGUGCCUACAGCUGCUGCGACCCGGCGGUGUUCUUGCCAUUCUUAGUGUCCUGUGGCAAGGACAGGUGUUGCGACCUCAGCAGCAGGACAUGGAGGCCCAGUGCGUCCGAAACCUGAAUGAACGCAUCCUGCGGGACGCCAGGGUCCACAUCAGCCUCCUGCCGCUGGGAGACGGCCUCACCUUAGCCUUCAAGAUCUAG